UAUCGCAUGGACGACUUUUCAUAGUCAACCUAUUUGAAUUGUGUCUAUAAAAAAGUCAGACAAAUAUGCAGACCAUCAAGGAUAAAAUAACUGAUCUAAACGCAACCCGUAAAGCCAGGUCUGAAGCUAAAAACGAGGAAAAGGCUGAGAAAGAAUUGGCAAAAUCCAGGGCUGAGGUAGCUCAUGAGAUAAGGCUAGCAAAAGAAGCAGAAGCUUCAAUGGAGGCGCAUGUUAACAAGGCAGUUGAAAAGGCUGCCCAACACGACGCUAAACAACAAGGCCAACAGAGUAAGGAUGUCCAAAACAGUCAGCAAGGUGCGGCAGAUAGUGUUACUACCAAUCCUUCUGGUGGAAUGAAACAGUCAAAUAUACCAGGACAUCUCUCCAAGUUUAUGUAGGUUAAGUCAAUCUUGUCUCCGGACAAUGUUAGAAUAUACAACGGGGU